UAGACAUUUCCAGCAGCCUUUGGGCCUGAGAAAAUAAUCGGCUGAACUCUCCUUCUCCCAACCAGCCUGGCAAUUAGCCCAGGGGCAUUUAUCCACUGAACAGUUCAGCUGCAAAGGGCCACGCAGACAAUAACACUAUUUCACUCCAGUGUCUUUUUAAAUGGUCCUGUUCCUGUUUUGCUCUUUGACUCAACGCUCUAGCGAUAGACAGGCCUUGUUUGCUGCCAUCCCAGGCCCUGAGCAACCCUCUCCCCUUCUGCCGCUGCCAGUGCGGCUGCAUUUCCCAGCUGGGUUCAUUGACAGACCUUCCUGAGCAGCCUUAUGGUUCACCCCUGGGGCAGGUCAGGCUGGGGGGUAAUUAACUCUUCCUGGCCCUGCCACCUUCCAGUGAGAUAUACUACACUCAUUACAUCACACACACCCCAAAAUCCCCAGCGUGCCCCUCCAACCUCAGUUGCUCCCCCGCUCUGAGCCCCCCAGCUGGGCAGUCAGCUGGACCAGACACCUGGGUUCCUCGCCUUGUCCUUCUGCCCCAUUGUCCACAUGCAACCUGGGAGAAGCCACCUGCCAUGGAGACAGGCAGAAAACCCAUUAGCCUAGGAGCCGAGGAGUGGGCUCUCCCUCGGGACUAGCCACCUCAGCACCGGGGCCCUCCCACCAGGCUGAUGUGAAGAGACAGCCUGAGCACCGCCCCAAAGGACAAAUUGGGGCCACGGGGCUGAGCCUGUCCCGUUUGCCCCACCCACCCUGUGUGAUAACCAGAGCAAGACUCCUGCUGAGAGGCUCAGGGAUACCACACAAGAACCCAAAUCAAGGAGAGAAGAAGCAGGCAGCUCCCUGUGGCAGGGAGAGACAAAACAGGCUGCUCCGUGCAGCAAAGGGCUUCACUCACCCCCUUGCUCUAGGCUGGCUACCCCACUGACUCUCCACGCUGACAAGCUGCCCCCAAAAGGCGCCGUCUCCACUGCACCCUGCAGCCAGCUCAGCUCUGUGUGAGUUCGGGGGUGGAAGCUGCACUAACUUACAGCAUUAAAAGCUGCGCUGGCCCCUGUACCAGCCAGCAGAUGUUGGCCGGGUGGAUUUAUCCAGCAGCUGCCCUGUUCGGGAUGGCGAUAGGUUGCGGGGGUGAGGAUAAUCCCCUGGCGUGGUAGUGACUAUAAACCCCCCCACCCAGCCUGGCACAGCUGCCUCCUCCUCCAGCCACAGCUCCGGUUCCCGGGAAGCAGCUGGCACCAUGCAGAACGCCCUGGGGCCCGCCUGCAUCUUCCUGCGCAAGGGCAUCGCCGAGAAGCAUGGGUUUGACGCCAACGGGGACGGGGAGAUCACACUGGACGAGCUGCAGCUGGCCAUGCAGCGCCUCAUGGGUGAGCGACUCACCCCCCGCGAGAUCAGCGACGUGGUCAAGGAGGCCGACAUCAACGGGGAUGGGACCGUCGACUUCGAGGAGUUUGUGAAGAUGAUGUCACGCUGAGAGGGGCUGAGCCCCGCCCCCCCCCCCGAGAUCAAAGACUGACCUUGGACAGGGGGUUGAGCCCAACACUGUCAAGACACCACGACUGACCCCCAAAUUGCAGCCUCCAGCUCCCCUCACCUCCCUGCCAGCUACCCCCAGAGCCCCCCAUGCCUUCCCCGGCCUCCUCGCCCCCAGACCCCUCCCAC